GGCAGUUAAGGAGAAAUGUGCAGACAACCUAUGCAGUUGCAUAUCCUUUAGAUGAAUAUAAAAAGUAUAUUUGAUGCUUGCUCUUAACAAAGGAAUGGCGACAUCCUUAAGUUUCAGUCUAAAAUCUUGCUUAACAUUCACCUGAUUCUUGGGCUUAAAAAGUGCCCCUAAAAAAUAUAUAAAUAUUAUUUCUGAUUUCUUAGCGAAGAGGCCUCAAAAAUAGUCAGUUUUGAUUCUUUUGUCAUAUCAAAGAUAUUGAAUAAGUUAAUCAAUAAUCAAUAUAGCUUUGAGUAUUUUGAUAAUGUCAAUAAUGAUUCAAACUCUGUCCAGAUUACAGUACUAUAUUCAUACAUUCUUACGUUCUCCACUAUUUUUCACUUUUAAAUCAUAUAAAUUAUAUUUUCGAAUUCUAUUGAAAAAUGUAUUUUGUAGUGUCAUUGCUUUCAUUAUCGACACAGUUGAUUGAUUUCUGCAGCUACUAAGAUUUGAUAUCAAUUAUAUUGUUUACCUCGUCUUGCUCUUCUAUAAAAGAACCAAAAUGAUUUAGAAGAAUCUAAUCGGUUAUGUUUGUUUCAUGGUCUUGUCUUCAUUUUUCAUCAAGUACAA